AGGUUUUACGCGAAUAAUUUGUGCUUUGGGGAAAAAAUAUUAACGAAAGUUAAGUCCGAAAAUGGAUUUCCAGCAUAGAGCAGGUGGAAAAACAGGCACUGGUGGUCAAGCAUCAUGGUCCGAAUCAAAUCAGGAUCGCAGAGAACGACUUCGGCAACUUGCCAAAGAAACUAUUGAUCUCCAGAAGGAUCCCUAUUUCAUGCGAAAUCAUUUGGGUUCCUAUGAAUGUAAGCUCUGCUUGACGUUACACAACAACGAGGGAAGCUAUCUUGCUCAUACACAGGGCAAGAAGCAUCAGUCGAAUUUGGCCCGACGAGCAGCCAAAGAAGCCAAGGACAGUCCCCAGCAGCCGGCUCCGGAGAAAGCCCGCAUAGAGCCCAAGAAAUUUGUCAAAAUUGGGCGUCCUGGUUACAGAGUGACGAAACAAAAGGAUCCCAUGACUGGACAACAGAGCUUGCUGUUCCAGAUUGACUAUCCUGAAAUUGUGGAUGGAAUCCAGCCGAGACAUCGGUUCAUGUCCGCUUAUGAACAGAGGAUCGAGCCGCCAGACAAGAAGUGGCAAUAUCUUCUAUUCGCCGCGGAGCCGUAUGAAACAAUUGCGUACAAGGUUCCGAGUAGAGAAGUGGACAAGAAUGAAACGAAGUUUUGGACGCACUGGAACAAGGACACUAAGCAGUUUUUCUUGCAAUGCGCCUUCAAGCAUGAGAACCUGAGGUCUAUGGGUCGGAUGGGGCCUCCGCCUGGGGGAAUGCGGGGUCCUAUGCCGCCACCUCCUCCGCCGCCGAUGUGAAGAUGUUUUUUUUUUCAUGUACUGAAUGAAGUGUAAUUGUCUGUCUGAAAGAAGUACAUAUUUCUUUGGUUUGA